AUGAACACGAAUUUACGUUACGAUCCGAGGCAGAUCUCGAGGCAAACGAAACCGUCAGAUACACCAUCGUCUUCUCCGUCCCGUAGUCAUCGGAGACAGCCUUUGCUACAAAGAAGUCUCUCUUCUCCGUCACCAAGAGCUACUUGCGGCGGAUCCACUCCCGCUGAGUUUUGCGGCGGUACGACGGCGAGUUGUGCCGCCGUUUGGUGUUGUUGUCCAUGUGGACUCGUUAACCUACUCGUACUCGCGAUCUACAAAGUUCCCAAAGGGAUCUGCCGUCGCGCUCUCCGUAAUCGUCGCCGUAAACAUCUGGUGAAGAACGGAAUGCUUCCGCCGCUUCAGACUGACGGAAAAACCGAACGGAUGCAGAGAGUUUUCCAGAACUCGGAAUUCGCGAUUCAUCCGUUGGAUAGUAACGACGUCUCAGACGAUGAUGACGACGAUUUCUUGGAUCUGAAAUAUAUUGGAAAAUCGGCUGCGGCUGGGCUGGUGACGACGGAGGAGGAGAUUGAUGAUGAUGACGCGGCGGUGUUAGCUUUAGAGAAAGAAAUGUGGAACAGAUUUUACGGUGCUGGAUUCUGGCGAAGUCCAUCACAGAGAGAGUCCGUUUCGUCUCCGAGAGAUUCAAAGUCUCUUUCAACAUCGUCGCCGAGGCCGUCGAUUACUGAAGUAUACCGAAACAACUCGGCGAUUCGAGGCGGAGGAGCUACGGUGGUGACGGCGACACCAAGAGCCGUUAGGCAUUUUGAUUAG